AUGGCUGCCUCCACCAUGUCUGUCUGCUCUGAUGCUCCCACCAACUCCUCCUGGCAGGUGGACGACUGCCCAGAGAGCUGCUGUGAGCCCUGCAGCUGUGCCCCCAGCUGCUGCCAGCCUAGCUGCUGUGUUCCUUGCUGUGCCCCCUGCUGUGUCCCCAGCUGCUGUGCCCCCAGCUGCUGUGCCCCAACCCCUUGCCUCCUCUGCACCCCAGUGAGCUGUGUGUCCAGCCCCUGCUGCCAGUCUUCCUGCUGCACACCCUCAUGCUGCCAGCAGUCUAGCUGCCAGCCAGCUUGCUGCACCUGCUCCCCCUGCCAGCAGCCCUGCGGUGUGACCCUUUGCUGCAAGCCUGUCUGCUGUGUGCCUGUCUGCUGUGGUCCCUGUGGUGUGACCCUCUGCUGCAGGCCUGUGUGCUGCACACCCAUCUGCUCUGAAUCCUGCUGCCAGCAGUCUAGCUGUGCUCCUGUCUGCUGUAAGCCUGUGUGCUGCAAGCCCUGCUCCAGCCUGUCCCUGCUGUGCCGCCCUGUGUGCAGACCUGCCUGCUGUGUGCCCACCUCCUCCUGCUGUGCCUCCUCCUGCCAGCCCAGCUGCUGUCGCCCAGCCUCCUGUGUGUCCCUGCUGUGCCGCCCUGCCUGCUCCAGACAGGCCUGCUCUGGACACAAGUCCACCUGCUGA